AUGGAUGAACUUUAUGAGCAUUUAAAAAUAAUCGAUUAUAGCUUAAUAUGCUUUUUAAACAAAUACAGAAUUAUACAUAAGUAUAUAAAAUACAUAUUAGACAUAUUUGUAAAUGUAAUAGAUGAAUACAAUAGGUUAAUACAUAAAAUUAUAUGUGUCUACAAACAAAAUAUUUACAACUCCGUUCAUAAUAAUUUUACCGAGUUUAAAAAUAAUGAAGAGAAACAAAGAGAGCAGGAUAAAAAUAUAUCAGAGAUAAAGGAAAAUUUAAAAAGAGCCACAAAACUCACAAAAACGAACCUAAAAUUUAAAGGGGAGAAGGAUGAACAACGGGACAUCUUUGAAAUUGACCCGAACUUGAAAAUUCACUUACCCUACAAUGCGUUAGCCUUAUAUAGGCUCAGGCACUACCGAAAUCUGUUCUUUAAAAAGCAUUCCACCAUAUCUAAAAACGAUAACUACCUAAAUGCAAACGAACAAAGAAAAAAAUUUCUUGAAAAAUUGAAAGCAUCAGCCAAAGUUAAUAAUGACAAAGCAAAAGAAAGAAACGAUAUAUUCAAAGAUGAUUAUAAAAAUAUGUUAAGAAUAGUAAAUGAUAAUUAUUUUUUCAAGGAAUCUCAAACGUUGAAAGAAAUAUUAAUUAUAAAUAAGUAUUUAAUUAAAGCGAGAAAUAUAGUAAAUAACGUGCCUCAAUUUUUAUGUACAAUUAUUGAAGAUUUUGAAUUAACUGAGUCAACUUUUCAGGACAACAUGUACUUGUUCAUACUUCUAGCUCUGAAUAAGUGGCUGAAAAAGAUAAUACACGAGUCGGAACGCUUCAUCUCAUAUGGAAAGGGAAAAGUAUACAAAAAGAAAGUAGACUCAGGAGAAGAAGAAAUAUACAAAAAGCAUAGUGAAUACCUAAAUGACAUCUUACAAAGAGGAGCAGAGCAAACGAAUGUAUUUAAUGAUGAAAAAUGUUUCUAUGUUUAUCCUGAUAAUAUGAAAUUUAACAUUAAUACGUCAUUCCUUACAUACUAUUUCUUGUAUAUAAAUAAAAACUUGUUUGACUUUCUAGAUACAUUUUACACAAAUUCUAUAAAAAGAAGAGAUGGAAAGGAAAAUAUUCAUCAAAAAGAAAAAAUAAAAUUGAUUAUAUUUAAUGAUAAAAAAGAGGAAAGUAUAUACAUGAAAAGUGAUAUAUAUAAUUAUAAUCUACAUAAUGAAUAUACCCAAGUGGACUACCUAAAUAAUUUGAGUUUUUAUGUAGAUGGUCAGAAUAUCUAUCCUAACGUUUUUCUAAUAUGUAAUUAUUUAUUACAAGAAGAAACAAAAAAUAUAAUGAGCUCAAUACAUAAAAUACAGAGGAACAGUUUUCGCUUUAUGCUCUACCAAGACAUUUCUAUAAUCAUUCAAAUGGUUUUGCGUCUUUUGGACAAUUUAAAAAUUAUGUUCAAGCAGGAUGUGAUAGGGGAUAAGGACACAGGAGAUAGAGGGAACAGGUAUGAAGAGAACUGGGGUGAUAAGAAUAGGGUUGAAAAGAGUGUAGUUGAAGAGAAUUAUGAUGAUAAAAAGGGGGGUGAUGAGAACAAGGCUAGUGUGAAUAGAUUCAUUGUAGAUAGGACUGAUGAGGACUCACCUAAAGGAUUCCUUCCAAAUGACAGUGAAGAAUGGGAACAACACAGUGAUAAAUAUGAAUAUAUGAGAAAGUAUAUUUCUAGAAACGAAUUAUCAUUCCAUAACUCAACUACCUGUGAUAAAUUUUUGGUUCCCCUACGCUUGAUGCUAUUAAAUAUAUUGAAGUUUGUCCAUACAACAACCCAAAGUUAUGAUAGAAGAACUAUAUGCAUCUUCUGGCAAAAAUUAAGUGAAAAUGAAAACAAAUCAACACAUAUGAGUUAUAAAACAAAUAGAAAUUUGAAUAGUACAAGAGAAGAAAAUAUAUCUACUGGGGAGAAGGACACAUAUAUGUAUUUCGAUAAGAAUCAGAGUGAUUACUCACAGAACUUAUCCAUUCCACUGAGAAGUCAGUGCAAUGAAGACAAUUGUUAUCAUUUCAAUUCAAAGAACAAAAAAAAUAUCCAGCUUCAUUUGAGCGAUGAUAAAGAAAAUAUAAACAAAAUUUUACAGCAAAGAAUAUUGUAUUAUGAUUUUUACAAAAUUGUUAGUGAACAUGUUAAAAAGGUAAAAUUGCAAUUAGAAAAUACUAACAAUAGAGAUCUAUAUACUGGAAUCCUAUUAAAAAAAAUAAAUAAAUAUAAAAUAGACAGUGAAAAGAAAACAAUGAAUUAUAGCACCACAAAAAAAAAUUAUACUCACAAAAAAAAUAGCAUAAUUCAAAACUCAGAAGGAAAAAGAAAUAAACUACCUCAACAAAAAAAAAGUAUCACUAGAAAUAUGUCCAUAACUAUUCCUUAUUCUCCUAAAUUAGAAAACAAAAAUAAUGUAAUAAAAAAAAGAAAUGAAAACAAAAACAUGCCCAACGUCAUUGCAAAAAACAUUAUAAGUCGGGAUAUUUCCAAAAUAAAAGACGAUGCAAAUAGUUAUACACAUGAUGAAAAGAGAAACUCCAAAAAAGGACAUUCUGCAACGAUUGAUUUGGAGGAGAAGAAAAAAAAAAAUCUCAAAAAAAUUAGUCAAAAAUUGCGCACGAACAAAUGA